AUGUCCAAUAACGGCUGCUCAGAAGUCUGCAGCUCUUCUUCUCCUAGGAACUCUAGCCACGUUCCUGUCACCUCACCCAUUGGCCUUUGCUCCACUGAGAUGAGGUGUAGAGAUGCCCCUUGCUCUCCUACUAGCAGCCUGGGCAGCAACACACCACGUGACAACUACCAUGAGCCCUGCAGUGAACAUAGGAGCUGCCAAUCAACCAGCUGCAAUAGGAGCACUGGCAGCCCUUCAGCCAGCUCUCCAGUUACUUCAGGGAUAUCGGGAUCCCAGGAAGGAAACAGCUGUCUUCCUGCCACAUCCUGCAAUUCCAGCUUUGGUCGGCCAACAUCCUGUAGACAACCUUGGAGCUGCUUCCUUCCAAGCUACCAGUCUUAUGGCUAUCAACCCCUGGGCUACCUGAUCUAUGGCCGUCAACCGCUGAGCUAUCUUCCCUAUGAUCGUCCACCACUGAGAAACCUGACUUAUGGACCUGACCACUACAGGCCCGCAAGCUAUACAUACGGCAGGUUUCAACCACAUUCUUCUUCCUUGAGUGGUUGCCUUUAUCCUUACUAA